UGCAGUGGUAUUUGGCACUGGUGCAGUCUGGACCGUCAGCAACAAACCAUGCAGCUUCUGGUGUUGUGCGUUACCGCCCUCCUGUUCGGGACCGUCACUGCGGCUCCAGGGCAGCAGCACAAAAGUCUUCUGGAACUGCUCAAGAAGGACGCCAGGGAACUGGCUGAGCUGGUGGAAUAUCACGAGAAUUCGCUGAAGAAUGAGGCAGAGAACGACGAGAAUCUCGCGGGAGUUGAGCAGACGGGUGAGGUAGAGGAGACAAAGCGCCAGAUCGGCAAUUCCUACCCAUUGAACAGUUGUACAGAGGGAACCAACGGCAUGGUCCCGCUCUGCCAGGAGUGUUUUUUCAUCCGCCAACUACCACCAGAGUACUUUCCUUCUAUGCUGAACGAGCGAAAAUGCCAGGCCCAGAAAUGCCUGAACAAUUUUGGAGUAUGCGACCAGCAGUACAUGACCGUUAAGGUCCUGAGGAACACUGGCAACGACUACCAGCCAAGAUGGGAGCAGCACAACAUACAGGUCCCAUCGGGCUGCAAGUGCACCCUCAGCCAGAAUGGACCUUUGCACCCAUUCAUUCCUUAGAUCUGUUUAAAGUUAAAACUUUUGAUCCAACACAAAGAAAUCUCUCACCUAGAGCUUUUGACCAGACACUCUGGUCUUCCUCAGUAGACUGACCCAGUGAAGCUUGUUACGUGGCUUCUUUGACGUCAACACUGGGUCAAACGUGUCAUUCCUUAGAUCCUUAUAGCAUGCUCCCAAUAUAAACAUUGCAUAAACAAUGCAUCCUUUGCAAACAUUCCGGUAGCAGCCAACCGGUCAAAAAUUCAUAUAAACAAUCAUUCUCUUAGCUUUCAUUAAUUAGACACAGUAAUACUCGCCAUUGUUCCAAUAUAGUCAACCUGUUAGUCAAAGCUACCAAUUUGACCAAUGGCACGGGUCUGCUUGUGUUUUCCUACUUACUGUCUACCUAUAACUAAACAACUACUGUAUAUGGUGUUUUAGUCUGUCUACUAGAGUGACAGUCAAAUGUGGUGUCUGUAGAAGCUGAUGCACUUAAGGAAUAAAACUG